CGUCUUUUAAUUUCGUUUGUCUGCCCGGCUCUCCUUCCAUGGAUGGGACUCCGCCCACCCCUCCACCUGAUAGGGCCUAAUCAAGAUGCCAUCAGUUUCACGGCACGUGGCAGCCACACUGCCAAAAAGUGGUCCCGCUAGCUCCUAGCCGGCUGGUUCUCCCUCUGGAUGGAUGCCCAUGCGCCAGGCGGCGCGGUCCCAACCACACUACUGGCGUGCCCUGUCGCGUGUGUGUUGCCUGCCCGUCCCAUCACCUCGUCUCCUGCAUAGCUUGGGCCGAAGCCGGCGCCCCAUUCGUCCGUCGCAGCUAAGCAGCUCCCUUGAGCUCACUCCAUGUGCUGGCCUUCUUUUCCCCGGCCAGCCAGCCGCGUGCGCUUCGUCAUGGAGCCUGGCCGACGCCCUUCUAGUUGGGUCCGGGGCCCUGUGUCGUCUCCCGCUCGCUCCAGGCUGGCGGCAACGUGUCACAGCCUGACGUGCAUCCAUACGUCUGGUGUCUGGCCACGCGCGCUAGAUUGCUGGAAUUUGUGGUCGGUCGGUGCUGGCCGAGUUGUGCGCACAACCUGCCAGCAAGCAAUUCCGCUUCGUUUUUUCCCCCUUCUUGUUUGGCACCUUCUCCCUCCCCUUAGAAGCCAGACACCCACACACCCACACACCCACACAGUUACAUCCAGAUACAUACAAACACGCCCAACGACAAGGUCUAGCGCUGGACAAAAACUCCACCAUCUAUGAAUAGGGAAAUUUUGGGAGAGACCUGACUUGGGGAGCAGUCCGGCUGUUGAGGGCCCCUGGUCGGGCGGGCAGGUGCAGGUGCAGGCGCAGGCGCAGGGCGCGGUGGGGUGGUGCUGCUGCUACCAGCCAGCCUGGGCUCAGGUUGUCGCCGCCAGCCUACCAGGCCAGCUGCUGCCCUCCCCACCCCUCCCCACUCGUGCUUGCGUCUAGGUACCAGCACCUCAACGGGCCUUGGCCCUGCCCCCCCUCCUCCGCCGAGGUACCGUGGUACCGCUACAUGCUGCCUGGGUGGAGGCGGUAGCUGACCGACAAACUCUCCGACCUUUAUUUUGUAUUUUAUUAUUACCAUUAUUUUUCGCCAUUUUCACCUUUUUUAUUUUUUUCUUCUUUUUUUAUUUUUUUAUCCUCCUUCUCUCCUUCCAUUCAGGCCCAAAAGCACUGGCCGGGGGUGGCAGGUCUGCCAGUCGUCGCAGCCCACCUUUUUAUUUCUUCACAAGGGCGGCUCUUGUUCUGGGCUUCCAUCCAUUCCCACCUUCCCCCCCUUAUUAUUAUUUGAAUCAACUUGGCUGCCGUCCCGCGCUCACCCCCCACACCCAAUUCGACGGUUCAACUAACAGCGCUUUCCUCUGCCUGAUGCUGGUAGAUGGCCACCGCCUCUCACUACCCGUCCUACACAGCUCAGUCGCAACAGGCCGACGCCGACGCCGACGCAGCCGCAGCUUCCCAGCUACAACAACACAACUACAAACACCACAGCAACAAGCUUUCCGCGACCCAAUUCGAAGCCGCUACCCCGUCUCCCACGCCCUCCUCGACCAGUCCGACGAGCGCCGCGCACAGGAAUCAGCAGAGCGUGCCAUUUGUCAAGGUGCAAAAGGCCGGGGGCAUAUUCUCGUAUGCCGCCGCGGCCAUCGACAGGACCUUUUCUGACCCCAAGAUCCGGCAUCGCCAGUCGGCGAGCCGCCUCUCCGUCGGGCCCGACCUGCCCUCCUCGGUCGCCCAGUCCAGCCCCGACGGCACCCCACGCAACCGAGCGUCGGCCCUCCUGUCAGGCUCGCCAGCGUCGUCGUCGUCGACGCUGCAGAACGCCCUGGCGUCCGACGCCAGCCUGCUCAGGACCCCUCCCUCGCUGCCCUACGCUGCCACCGACCCGGGCCGUCCGCUCCCCAUCCACCUGCCCUCCGCCAGCAAAAUGCAUCAAACAUCGUCGAGAUUAUUACGAAUGACGGAUGACGACCGUCCAUUCACAAAGGACUUCAAGGACCUGUUUAGCACACUCGUCGUUAGCCUCCUUCCGCUAUCUGCCCACCGUGUGCGCUUGACCAAGGUCGAGCACACGUUCCUGUCCGAGGAUGCGAUCAACAACCUCGGGUCGCUCAAAUUCUCCCAGUCCAACCGCAUGCCUGAUCCCAAGGACCCGUCCAGGAUCGUGACCACGACCACGACAACGACCUUUUCCAUGGCCAAGGAUAUGGCCCGCUCCAUAUGUCAGCGCUUCCUGGAAGCCCGCUUCAUCGAGUCAGCCGACGGGAAGUACCAGCAGGUUUACACAAUGAAGGGCUCCGUGUGGCAGCUCACGCCCAAGGGAAUCUGCAUCUUGGACCGCUUCUGCUCGAGGAAUGGCAUCCAGCAGAAGCAGGUCGGCGAGCUGAUAGGGACCUCUCUGGCCCAGCUGGUGAUUCUCGAGAGGGACGGCCAGACAGACAAGCUGGUGACGGAUCGCGGCACCAUCGAAGUUAUCUUUAGGAGAUUCAUUGGCGCCAACGGCCCCAACGUGAAGAACAGCGUGAGCUCGGCUGAUUCGGACUCUCUGAGCGAUUACCGUGACGGCUUGACGGGCGUGAAGAUGGCUGCGGAGCGCAAGCUUGCCGGCAAGACGUACAAGGACACGUUUACUGGCAAGUCGGCCACAGAUUGGCUGAUGGACUGCUGCACCACGGUUGACCGGCGCGAGACGGUCGAGAUCGCGUCGCUGUUUGUCGAGUACGACCUGAUAGAGGCGGUCCAGCAAGAUCGCUCCUACAUACAACAGUUCCCCGUCUGCCACCAGUUCCAGCCAACAAAACACGCCGUCUACCAGCUGACCACCAAGGGCAAGGACCUCAUCAACGGCGCGUCAAUAAGGGGCCGCUCAUCCGAGAGCGACACGGCGCAAGGCAGCCGGUCGGGCAUCGCUCGGGACUCUAACACGCAGCGCCUCGAGAAGAUUCUCAAUGACGCGGCCCUGCGCCUGCUGUUCCGCGAGAACCUGCGCGAGACACACUGCGAGGAGAACCUCUCGUUCUUUCUCGACGUCGACGAGUUUGUGCGGAGCUGCCGCCAGGGCAUACGGGCGGCCCAGAAGAGCCCCAACCCCAGCUCCAUGGACGGCAUAAAGGAGAUAAUGGCGCAGGCGUACGGCAUAUACAACGCCUUCCUGGCACCUGGGUCGCCGUGUGAGCUGAACAUCGACCACCAGUUGAGGAACAACCUGGCGACGCGCAUGACCAAGGCCGUGGGCCAGGACGUGGCCAUGAUCGAGACCCUGCAUGAGGUCACGGCUCUUUUUGAGGACGCCCAGACGGCCGUGUUCAAGCUAAUGGCCAGCGACUCGGUUCCGAAAUUCCUUCGCAGCGCUAAAUACGAACAGACGCUAAAGAACUACGAUUUCGAUUCGAUUGCAGUCGCCAGCCAUUCGCAGGGUCGCGUUCCGGAACGCAGCCAGAGCAGGUCAACGCGCAAAUGAGCAAAUAGGACAAGACAGAUGAAAAACAAGCAAGACGAGCAAAUAGGCCACCAUGGAAAAUCAACAACUGGUCGCCUUGGCUGCCCUAGCCCUCCCCAACCACGACAUACCGAGACACGCUGCAUUUCCCACGCAUGAAAACACGGACGCGAGGAAUUUGGUCAUCCUGAUGGACUAGCAUUGCUGGAACGCCCGCCUCGCCCGAUAAUGAACCCAGAUCUUUAGAUGUGGGCGAGCUGAGACUCGUCUUCCCGCCCACCGGCUCACCGUCAUUUCCAGCAUACCCGACGAGAGAUUUGAGUUGGACAUCCGGCCAGCUGGUCGGCCUGGCCUCUUUUUUCUUCUUCUCGUUCCGUCCCCCUCAUCAUCGCGCCUAGGGUUGUUCUGCAUGCGUGCGACUUUCUGCUGCUGCUGCUACUGCUACUACUACUACUACUAACCCAUAUGAUAUCACAUCUUCUCUUUUGCUCCUUUCGAGCUUGUGUUCUUUUCUUUAACGGCCCACUCUAUAUCUCGUCUCCCCUUGAAGUGUUCCAACUGGGGGCCCUCUUAUGUUUCUCUCAAUAUCAGCAUUCGAACGGGCUGUAUUAAUUCUUUCGGGCCUGUUUAUCAUUGCUUCUUACCUCCGGCCGUUCUCUUUCCCGCAUUUUCUUAUUUAUUACUGCUUACUUACAGGAACGGUGGCGUUUUAGGGGAAAAUUGCUUGGAGCAUAGAGAAAACAUUUCGCAGGCGGCCAGUUUGAUAUUCCCCACACCCAUAGGGUUUCCCCCUUUGGUUCGUUUUCUUUCUUCGCUCGACUUGUACGCAUGUGGACUCGGCCCGAAUUCCGCGUCUCGGGUUAUUAGGCUACCAAAGGGGUUCGAUCUGGAGGGAGAGCAGGCCGCACAGUCAGCGUAGGGAUUGGAAUUUGAGUUGAGUGCUAGGCCGUUUGCUAGACGGGCCUAGAGCCCAGGCUCUAUUUCGGAGCACUGCUAGGCGGGCAUAUAUGUAUGCCAGCAACAUGGGACGGGGUCGCGAACGAGUCAAGGUGUACAUAUCAAAUCGCUCUCAUCAGGGUCAGGCUAGGCUUGCCGACUCCGCCAUAGUGGGUGGUAUCGAGCUGAGGCCUGGCUGUGGGCAUCGAACAGAGACGAGAACAGCGACAAUCAGCAGGGGAGGGUGUAUGUACUCGAAAACAUUGGUCUCGUCUGCGAUCUGCGAUCUUGAUCUUCCCCUCUAUCCUCG